AUGCUCUCAACAAAGGCGGAACUUAGUUCCGACGUGCCGGGGCCUCUAGACCCGGCUGGGUUAGCCGAAACGCUGUUGUACCAGUCCAUGCGCAGACGCCCUGCGCCCGACGGCAUCCACACGACGGGUUUGCCAGUCAAGCACAACACCCACUCGUCGCUCUGGAAAAUGUUGGGUCCAGACUUUGUCUCCCUGGCCCUAUGCCCCGUGAGAUCGUUGAGGGUGUCCGCUGCUGCGUCGCUAAAGGCGCUCAAUUGA